UAAGAUGUAGGAGACAUUUGUUUAAUUCGAAUUACAUAUUUAGUGGCCAAUGAAAAGUAGUUUUAGAUUGCUUGAUAUACUAGGGAGUGCUCAUGGCAAAAGUAAUAAGACGUUGUUCACCAUUUUCUGAAGAAGAAAGUUCUAUUUUGUUUGAUAUUCUAAGAAAACAUCUUAACCUGGUUGAACCAGAGAAUUUCGAUAUUUUGUCAAUUGCAAUACGAUCUAACACAUGGCAGUCGGUGUGUGAGGAAUUUAACUCCCAUAGUGCUGUCAAACAACGAAGCCAAAUACAGUUGAAACGAUUUUGGGAAAAUCGUAAAGCUAAGAUAAAGAGAAGUCUGCAGAAGCUUCUAACUGCCAACAAUGAACUUGGAAAAUCUGAAUCACCACAUAUAGAUAACCAAUUGUUUGAGUACUCUACAUCCUCACUGAGAUCAACAGCAACACCUGUUGGUGCAUCAUUAUUUAGUUAUCCUGCCAUAAAGAGCAAUCUUACUUUUCCAAAUCCUGAAGUUACUCCACAUUUCAUAGAAUCUGCCUCCUACACAGUGUAUCAGGGCGAAGGGAGGAGCAUCACUGACUCUCCAGGCACCGGCGAUCCUUAUAAGAACUCUGUGGUGCAUCCUUCGGAGGAUUUAAGUGGGUCUCAUCUGCUGAAAUUUGAACGCCCACCCACUUACGCCGAAAUCAACGACAGAGGAGGAAGGAAUAGUAUGCUGGAGCCUGAAAGUGCAGAUUCUGAUGGAGACAUGGAUAACGGUGACACAGAAGGUGCCAGAAGUAAAGCAGAGACUGCAGCACGACUAGCUCGUCUCCGUCGUCGAGAAAGGCAAGAAGAGGAGCUGCAUGCUUACCGUCUGCGUGAAGCAGCAGCACGUGCAGCUGCAGCAGAGGCAGAGAGACGUGCUGCUGAGGAUGCUGAAACUUGGGCUGCAGAAGAGCGAGCACGAGCUGCGCAGAGAGAUGCUGAACUACACCGGCUCAAUGUGGAACGCUUGCAGCUGGAGCUGGAUCUACUGCGUGCAGAGCAUCGGGCUCGACACUAGCUCUGAACAAACGAAUGUAAAGGGAUGAUAUGAAAUUCAUAUCGUCUACCAUGUGUUAGUGUUUUUGGGCACAUACACAGUAUUGAUUUUGAAAAUCAUUAUGUAUCUUAAUGUGCUGAAAAAGUUUGUCAUGACGAGAUCAUCAAUUUAAUACUACCAAGGAGUAUAAAUGCUUGCCUCUUAGGCAGGCAUGUAAGACUCCCUCGGGUGCAGUUGUCAGUAUGUGUGCUGUGAGUACGAACUGAAAGGCAAUCCACUGAAAAUACAGUCACUGGCAGUGUUGAGUUUACAGUUUUAUAGUGAUGUGUGGGUUACAGUGUAAAGUGAUUCAUUUUGAAGAUAUUUCAAAAGUAAUAAUUUGAAUGAGUAGUACACUGUUGCCAUGAUGAUGAGAAAUUGUGAUGCAAUAAAAUGACACCGUACUAGUGUCAUUUGUGUGAGGCAUUUCCUGUUUUUGUGAAGAAGUCUCAGUUUAUGCAGUAUUAUAUACAGAAAAAACAAUGUUUCAUAAAUUAUAUGUGAGAAGGCAAGCAGUAAUCAGAAGAAAGCUUCUUUUCCAACCAACACCAUUGAGUCCUGCGGGUUGCAAUUGAGCCUCUGUGAAAGUCGAUCUGUUGAUGUACCUAUGAAGCAAGUAGGAAGAGAAGUUGAAGUAACUACAGAAUGACAAAUAACCAUCAUGGAAAUACCAAUUUGUUUGUUGAGUGAGUGAUGAAGUAAAUCAUGAUUUAAUUAAUUAGAUUAUUGGCUGUAAGGUGAUAAGAUUAUUGACACUUUGUUCUUUUGUGUGAUUCAUCUAAUGUUGUACAGAAUUAUCAGAUGUUGCUUAAUUUUUUCUUGAAAUAGGGAAGCUUAGAAAGUUUUUGUUCUGUAUGACUCUGGAUAAACAUCUAAAUGUGAAGAACUAAUUUUUAUGGAACUGCAGUGUCCUCGUGUAUGUUUUAUUUAUGUAAUCAACAGGUUUAAAUUAGUUAACAGAUGUAGGAAAGUUCUUGACUGUUUUCUGCAGUGUCACCAGAGUAAUGCAUAUCUUUACACACAUUUGCACAACUUUUAUGAGAUGAGAUGAAAUGAAAUGAAGAUGGUUUGAGUGUGCUACAGUGUGACGUUGUUCAGGAUAUGUAAUGAGUUAAACAUGAAAACUGGAUUAGAUUGUUCUUCGUCAUGGGAAAUUAAGUUUGUAAGGA